GUGAUGAAAUGAACUAUAAAGUGAAAACGAGGAAGGUCACUGCUCCCAGAAACGUUAAGAAUUCAGAACAGCUAAAAAAACGUAAAAUCACUGAAAAUGCAGAUAUUGAUGUCUCUCCCAAGAAGAAGCCAAACAAACUUGCAAAAAGUCAAAAAGAAGAGGAUAAUAAUUUAGUUGAGGAUGAAAGUUUAUCUGAAGAUGGUCAAUGGCAAUCAUCUGUUGAAAGAUCAGCCCUGGUAGAGAAUCUAAAAUCAAUAAUCAAAGCUUGUGGAAUGAGUAUUCUUCCUGUUAUUUACAAGAAAGCUAAACAAGCGAUUGAUGACAAACGAGAAACCAUUGUCGUGAAGGAGUUGGAAGGUAUUCUCUCAAGAGAAGGGCUAUCAAAAAUUCCAGCCGAAAAAGAUGUUUUGUGGCCAAUUACCAUGAGAUCAAGGGAACAAAUGGAGUCUGGACCUUAUCCUGUUCGUGAAGGUGAACUGGAUUGUUCAUACUACAUUAGAACAGGAGUGUGCCGAUUUGGGCCUACAUGUCGAUUCAACCACCCCCCCAACAGAAAACUGGCUAUUGCAACAGCAAUGAUGAAAGGUGAAUACCCUGAAAGGAUAGGACAACCUGAAUGUGAGUAUUAUUUAAAAACGGGAACAUGCAAGUUUGGAGGCACAUGCAUAUUUCACCAUCCUCGAGACAAAGCUGGGAUUACCGGACGAGUUGCCUUAAAUGUUUUAGGAUAUCCACUUCGCCCGAAUGAGAUAGAAUGUGCAUAUUAUAUAAGAAAUGGACAAUGCAAAUUCGGGAGCACUUGUAAAUUCCAUCAUCCCCAGCCUUUAAAUAUGAUGGUCUCUUUACGUGGUUCUGCUGUAUAUUCUGCAAUUCAUUCUCCUACAACCAAUCCGCUGUCAUAUCCAUUGUCAAGAGGUUCUUUUAUUGCCAGUCCAAGGUGGCAAAGCCCUUCAAGUUAUACACCACUUGUCAUGCAACAGGGAGUGGUAUCUAUCCCUGGAUGGAACAUAUACAGUGGUCAACCCAGUUCAGCUCUAUCUUCUGAAAACCAACCCCCUUCAGCAGUAAACAUCCAGAAUGAUGGAGCGUCACAUCAGGGAGACUCUGGAAAUAUUGCAUCUGAGGAUGGUUCUGUACCAAUGGGAUAUUAUGCAUUCCAAAAAGAUAAUGUAUUUCCUGAGAGACCAGGUCAGUCGGAAUGCCAGUUUUAUAUGAAGACUGGGGACUGCAAAUUUGGUGCAGUUUGUAAGUUUCACCAUCCUAAGGAAAGACUGAUUCCUGUUCCUGACUGUCACUUGAGUCCAAUUGGACUUCCUUUACGCCCGGGGGAACCUGUAUGUGUAUUCUACUCACGAUAUGGUAUCUGCAAGUUUGGUCCGAGCUGCAAGUUUGACCACCCCAUGAGAGUUUUUGCAUACAAUACACCUGCAUCAUCAUCAACUGACUUCGCAGCCAUUCACCGUUUUUUGGCCUCUUCACCGGGAACAGUUCCAGCAAAUUUCUCCUCAGAUGGACUCAUGGAUGGAAGCUACACAAACAAUAGGCGGCUUUCCUUGUCAGAGGCUAGACAAAAACCCUCGGGUGACAAUAACGCUGACUCAGAGUGAAAAUGUUACUUCCAAAAGUAAUCGAGUUAUUGCCUUGUAUAAUCUUGGAAGAUAAAUAAAUAUCAGCUUCCUGUAAAUUCAUUUCCGUGGCUGGAGAUGUACAGAAUUCAAUUCCAAGUCAAUCGAAGAUGCAGUUCAGUUGACUAGAUUCACUUCUUAAACUUGCUGCUAUGUAAAAAUCUGCAAAUGUUGUCACAUUUGUUAAAGGCAGUAGUGGAUGUCUCCAUUUUUUGACAACAAUAA